UUAAAAAAUGAGGGAGAAUUGGAGGAGAGAGAAACUAUUGCCCUGAAUUGACUAGAUUGCCCCUACACAAACCCAUGCGCCUCUUUUUUCUUUUUCAAUUUCACUCAUUUAAUCUUAGCCCUUGAUUAAACCAAUUGAUGUUCAAGAUUACUUCCUAACCUUCCUAUCCAAAAAAACUUUCUAUUAUAUCUUAACCCUAUAUUUAAAUUAUUAUACACACCUACGCCACUUUCAUAUCAUCUAUACAAGGACAAGAAGCAUAACCCCUUUAAGGAUAAAAGUUGGAAAUCUAACAAUAAACCAUGGACCAUUGUUGUAAAUUUCUUUUAGUAUAUUGAACUUAUUUUGGAGCUCUCUUAUCAUGUUGCCGAUCUAAUAAAUUCUUCUCACUCCUUUACAACCGAGAGAAACGAGAAGAAAUAACCGGGCUGUGCUCAAUUUCCGGUUGAACUUGGGAUUGUCUAUAUAAAAGUAGAAAUUAUUGUAAAUCCAAAGAAUGACGAGUUGUGACGAACUAAAGGAUGAGCUUUUGGAGCAAGUAUAUCACGAGAACUGUCCGGGUUGUAAGGUGGAACGACAAAAGCAAACACAAACCGGGCUACCAAUCAUACAACUUGUUUAUAUAUGGAUCGUGGUGUUAUGUGUUGCACUACCAAUAUCGUCUCUCUUUCCGUUUCUCUAUUUCAUGAUUAGGGAUUUCAAUAUUGCAGAGACAGAGGAAGACAUUAGUUACUACGCAGGCUUUGUAGGGGCGGCAUACAUGGUUGGAAGGGCUCUAACAUCUGUCUUUUGGGGGCUGUGUGCUGAUCGAUAUGGUCGAAAACCAGUUAUUCUUAUAGGAACUUCAACUGUGGUUAUUUUCAACACGCUUUUCGGUUUUAGUGUCAAUUAUUGGAUGGCUAUCAUUACAAGGUUUCUUCUUGGCUUUUUAAAUGGACUACUUGGACCUAUAAAGGCAUAUGCUUGUGAACUUUUCAGGGAGGAACAUCAAGCUAUAGGAUUGUCAUCUGUUAGUUCUUCAUGGGGGAUAGGACUAGUCAUUGGCCCAGCUUUGGGAGGUUUCCUUGCACAGCCUGCAGAGAAAUUUCCAAGUCUGGUAUCUUCAGAUUCUCUAUUUGGGAGAUUUCCGUACUUACUGCCUUGCCUUUGCAUCUCUAUUUUCGCACUUGUUGUUACCAUUGGUGCAAUUUGGCUUCCGGAAACGCUACACUUUCACAAAAAUAAUGAGUUGGAGGCUGCUUCGUAUGUACAUGAUGCUGAGGAAAAAACAAAUGAGAAAAAAGAUUCUACUUUUUUAAGCCUCCUCAAAAACUGGCCUUUAAUGUCUUCUAUCAUUGUCUAUGGCAUUUUCUCUUUCCAUGACAUGGCUUACUCAGAGAUUUUCUCAUUAUGGGCUAUGAGCCCUAAGAGUUUGGGGGGACUCGGUUAUACUACUGUGGAUGUUGGCACAAUCCUAUCUAUUUCAGGGGCGGGACUUCUCCUUUUCCAAACCACAUUAUAUCCAGUUGUAGAGAGGAUGUUUGGGCCAAUAAUGAUAAUUCGCAUAUCGGGAAUUUUGUCUAUACCUCUACUCACAAGUUAUUCAUACAUAGCGAUGCUAUCUGGCUUCAUGCUAUCCUUUACAUUAAAUUGUGCAUCAGUCGUAAGGAACGUUUUAUCGCUGUCCAUGAUAACUGGGACCUGCAUGCUGCAAAAUAAAGCUGUGGAACAACGCCAAAGAGGUGCAGCCAAUGGUAUUGCCAUGACUUGGAUGUCAAUAUGUAAAGCAAUUGGUCCUGCAUGUGGUGGAGCACUUUUAUCAUGGUCUCAGAAGAGACUUAAUGCAACAUUUCUUCCAGGCGACAAAAUGAUAUUUUUCCUCUUGAAUCUGAUAGAAGGAAUUGGCAUUCUAUUGACGUUCAAACCGUUUUUGGUUACAAACCAUUACUAGUUGGGAGGACUUGAGUCACUCGACCCGCGGCACCAGCUAUGAUUCUAUUGUGUUUGUGUGAUAAACUGUAGUCAGUCAGUUGGUCGGUCAGGUCAGUCGCAAUACAUUCAUAUGCAGCUUUGUCGAUAUAAGUUGUAACAUUAAAAGGACCUUAACAUUAAAAGGACCUUUAGCUUAUUUUUUGCAUUAAUUUUGUUUAGGUUUUGGAUAUCAU